AUGGAGUCCGAGUCCGACCACGAGCACCGCGAUGAGGAGAGCAUGUCCGAACAAGAGGAGAUUGAGGAGACGAAGCCAAAGUCUGCACUCAAGAAGGGCCGGGAACCGGCGGCGCCUGUAGAACGUCCAGAGCUCCCCGAGCAACCAGAUCCAAGCACCCUCGACCUUACGACGCUUAACCCAUUGUCGCCUGAGAUCAUCUCCCGUCAAGCUACAAUUAACAUUGGAACAAUUGGCCACGUGGCCCACGGAAAGAGUACCGUAGUAAAGGCCAUUUCCGGCGUACAGACUGUUCGUUUCAAGAACGAACUCGAAAGGAAUAUCACCAUCAAGCUUGGUUACGCGAACGCGAAGAUCUACCAAUGCGACAACGUAGAGUGCCCGCGUCCUACAUGCUAUCGGUCAUACAAGAGCGACAAGGAGGUCGAUCCGGCCUGUGAGCGUGAGGGAUGCGGAGGACGAUACCGACUCAAGCGCCACGUCUCCUUUGUCGACUGUCCCGGUCACGAUAUUCUCAUGAGCACCAUGUUAUCAGGUGCUGCCGUCAUGGAUGCUGCGCUGUUGCUCAUUGCCGGAAAUGAAACUUGCCCGCAGCCGCAGACCAGUGAACAUCUUGCCGCUAUCGAGAUCAUGAAGCUGAACCACAUCAUUAUUCUCCAGAACAAAGUCGACCUGAUGCGGGAAGACAGCGCUGCGUCGCACUACGAGUCGAUCCUCAAAUUCAUUCGAGGAACCGUGGCUGAUGGCUCGCCCAUCAUUCCCAUCUCGGCGCAGUUGAAGUUCAACAUUGACGCCAUCAACGAGCAUCUCAUCAGCAAAAUCCCCGUCCCAGUACGAGAUUUCUCUGCAAAGCCACACAUGAUUGUCAUUCGAUCAUUCGACGUCAACAAGCCCGGUGCUGAGAUUGACGAGCUGAAGGGUGGUGUUGCUGGUGGCAGUAUUUUGACUGGUGUGCUGAAGCUGGGAGACGAGAUUGAAAUCAGGCCCGGCAUUGUAUCAAAAGACAGCGCUGGAAAGAUUCAGUGCAAGCCCAUCUUCUCAAGAGUAGUAUCUCUAUUUGCUGAGCACAACGAUCUGAAGUUUGCGGUUCCGGGAGGAUUGAUUGGUGUCGGUACACGCGUCGAUCCUACGCUGUGCCGUGCGGAUCGUCUUGUCGGCUUCGUCCUGGGUCUUCGUGGCCACCUGCCGAAUAUCUACACUGAACUUGAGGUCAACUACUUCCUUCUCCGCAGACUACUCGGCGUGAAGACGGCCGACGGCAAGCAGGCCAAGGUGGCCAAGCUUGCAAAGAACGAAGUCCUUAUGGUCAACAUCGGUUCAACCGCUACUGGUGCCAAGGUUAUCGCUGUCAAGGCUGAUGCCGCACGCCUAUCCCUGACCUCACCCGCAUGCACAGAGAUCGGUGAGAAGGUAGCCCUGUCCCGACGUAUCGAAAAGCACUGGCGCCUCAUCGGCUGGGCCAAUAUUGUAGCUGGUAACAUCCUCCAACCUAUCGUCGAUUGAGCGCGGGUGACAAGUAGUGGGCAACAUGACCAGGGGUGGCAACAAGGCACUUGAUGACGCUACGAACAUACAGGGUACAAGGGCAAAAAGGUGCAUAGGGUCCUGAGCAAUUAGUGCUGUAGUCUGUUGCAGUUGGGGACGGAGAGCAAAAGCGGGUUCCUUGGCAUGUGCGUACAAGACAGCAUCUGACAGUCGUAGUGGGUGAGAUAUUGUUUACGCAAUGGGCCAGGAUCCUGUGUACAGUAGUAGCAUCAAUAUCCAUUCGGGGUAGCCGCGUACAUAUAAUGAAACAUGUACGAU